AUGGCUCGCCCACACCCGCACAACGUCGGUAUCAAGGCCAUGGAGAUAUACUUCCCCAACAGAUACGUUGCCCAAUCAGACCUGGAAAAGCUCCUCGGCGCCAGUGCAGGGAAGCAUACCAUUGGAUUAGGUCAAACCAACAUGAGCUUCUGUGAUGACCGUGAGGCGUUAGAUGUCCACUCUCUCGCUCUCACAGCCGUCUCCUCCCUCCUCCAAAAGUAUACCAUCGACCCCCAUUCCAUCGGGCGCCUCGAAGUCGGCACUGAGUCGAUGCUCGACAAGGCCAAGUCCUGCAAGUCCGUACUGAUGCAGCUCUUCGCCACAAAUACCGACAUCGAAGGUGUCGACACCUACAACGCCUGUUACGGGGGCACCAGCGCUCUGUUCAACGCCGUGCACUGGAUCGAGUCCUCUGCAUGGGACGGCCGCGAUGCUAUCGUCGUGGCAUCCGACAUCGCCAUCUAUAAUCAACCAGCUUCACGUCCCACCGGUGGCGCGGGAUGCGUGGCUAUGCUGGUGGGCCCAAAUGCAUCGCUUAUUCUGGAGCCUGUGCGCGCGUCUCAUAUGCAGCAUACAUAUGACUUCUACAAGGCCGACUUCAAGUCUGAGUAUCCACUCGUCGACGGGCAUUAUUCCUCUCGGUGUUACCUGCAAGCUCUGGAUGCUUGUUACAGACGGUAUAAGGGGAAAACCGCGGGCUUGGAUGGAGAUUCGAGGCAUGCAGCAGCUUCUUCGACCGAAGACUUUGACUACUUUGUCUUCCAUGCACCGAACUGCAAGCUUGUCGCCAAGGCGUAUGCGCGUCUUCUGUACAACGAUUUUAUUGCUGAUCCCGAGAACUCGGCUUUCGGGCCCAAGGCUAUUCCUUCGACGUUUCGGGAUUUGUCUGACGAGCCAUCUCUUGCCGAUAAGAGCUUGGAGAAACUCUUGAUAGAAUUGAACAAGGAAAGAUUCACUCUGCGCGUGCAGCCUAGCUUGACUGUUCCGACUAUGUGUGGGAACAUGUACACUGCAACCGUGUGGGCAGGUCUGAUCAGCCUUCUCAGCAAUACACCAAGCGGCGAACUUCUUGACAAGCGGGUGGGGGUGUUUAGUUUUGGAAGUGGUCUGGCAAGCACUAUGUUUAGCCUGCGGGUUGUCGGUGAUGUCCAGGCUAUCAAGCAGAAUAUUGAUUUGCAUACCCGUCUAGCGGACCGAGUGAGGGUUUCACCUGAGGUAUACGAUGAGAUGUGCCAGCUUCGGGAGACAGCGUACCAACAGAAGGACUAUACUCCAGUAGGCGAUACUGAUACACUUGUGCCGGGGACGUAUUAUCUCGUGCAAGUUGACGAGUGGUUUCGGCGGAAGUAUGCCGUAAAGGGAUAA